GGAGGCGGGCAGGAGAAGGGAGUUGCUUCGGUGCGGAGGCUCCGGAAUUGCUCGGUCUUUGCGGUGCGGAGCGGACGCGGCGCGACGGGCAGGACGGAGGGCUGGGCAGUUGGGCGUCGCCUGCCUCUCUCUCUCUGGUACCCGGAGAGGCUCGUGGGCUCCGCGCAGCGCUCGCCAAGGAGUGGCUUGACAAGAGGAAUACGACAUUUGAAGCCCAUCUCCAGGAUCCGUCUGUGUGUGGUGUUUCUUGAUGCACUAACUCCAGCCUCAGUCCACUCCUUGUGAAAGUCCCCAACACCUUUGAAUGGUCUGACAAUCCUCUGCAGGCUGUGGUCAUCCCUGCUGCUUUUCCCUUCCACAUAAUUUUCCAUUAAUGUGCUUUGAUACAGCAUUUUGGGAACAUCUUAACUUCUUUUGCAAUUACCUUUUGAGGCUUUCCCUCCUUAUGGAGGGUCUCAAUGAUGGCUUUCUGCACAACUGUCUGGUCAGCAGCCUUUCCCAUGAUUGUGAUUCCUACUGAAGCAGACUGAGAGACCAUUUAAAGGCUCAGGAACCCUUUGCAGGUGUUACGGAUUGAGUAGACUUUGAAGAACUGAUAUUUACAAGACUCCGGAUUGCACUGGGUGUGUAGAGAUGUCUGACUCGUAUUAUGAUUCUGUUGGAGAAGAGGUUCCUAGUGACAGCUUCUGGGAGGUUGGAAACUAUAAGCGGACAGUGAAACGCAUUGAUGAUGGUCAUAGACUUUGCAGUGAUCUUAUGAACUGCAUUCAUGAGCGAGCAAGGAUAGAAAAGGGCUAUGCACAGCAGCUCACUGAAUGGGCGAAAAGGUGGAGACAACUUGUAGAAAAGGGGCCACAGUAUGGUACCGUUGAAAAGGCUUGGCAUGCAUUUAUGUCUGAGGCUGAAAAGGUGAGUGAACUACACAUAGAAGUAAAAAGUGCCCUAAUGAAUGAAGACUUCGAAAAGAUAAAGAACUGGCAGAAGGAGGCAUUUCACAAGCAAAUAAUGGGUGGAUUUAAGGAAACCAAAGAAGCUGAAGAUGGAUUUAGGAAAGCUCAGAAACCAUGGGCCAAAAAGCUAAAAGAGGUCGAAGCUGCUAAGAAAGCAUAUCAUGUAGCCUGCAAGGAAGAAAAGUUGGCCGUAUCCAGAGAGACUAAUAGCAAAGCUGACCCAGCCCUGAAUCCAGAACAACUGAAGAAACUGCAGGACAAAGUUGAUAAAAGUAAACAGGAUGUGCUUAAGACGAAAGAAAAGUAUGAAAAGGCUCUGAAAGACCUGGACAAUGCAACACCUCAGUAUAUGGAAAAUAUGGAGCAGGUUUUUGAGCAGUGUCAGCAGUUUGAGGAAAGACGAAUCCGUUUCUUCCGAGAAGUGUUGUUGGAAGUUCAGAAACAUCUUGACUUGUCUACUGUUCCAGGCUAUAAAAAUAUCUAUCGUGAAUUGGAGCACAACAUCAAAGCAGCAGAUACUGUUGAAGAUCUGAGGUGGUUUAGAGCUAAUCAUGGUCCAGGCAUGUCAAUGAACUGGCCCCAGUUUGAGGACUGGUCAGCUGAUCUGAAUCGCACUCUUAGUAGAAGAGAGAAGAAGAAAGCUGCAGAUGGGGUAACUCUGACUGGUAUUAACCAGACAGAACCAGUUCCACAGCAGAACAAAAACAGCAGCAGUGUUAGUGUUCCGGGUGACACAGUGCAGUCAGUUCAGUCAAGUUACAAUCCCUUUGAAGAUGAAGAGGAUACUGGAAGUACUGUCAGUGAAAAGGAGGACAAUAAAAUCAAAAAUGUUAGCAGCUCGGAGAAAAACCAAAGUUACUCUGCAGACUGGUCCGAUGAGGAGACCAACAACCCUUUUUCAUCGAACGAUGCUCCACCAGAAACAAAUCCAUUUGAUGAGGAUACUUCCCCUGCAAUGGAAGUUAGAGUACGGGCAUUGUAUGACUAUGAGGGUCAAGAGCUUGAUGAACUCAGUUUCAAGACUGGGGAAGAGCUAACUAAAAUAGAAGAUGAAGAUGAGCAAGGUUGGUGCAAAGGCCGCUUGGACAAUGGACAAGUUGGACUCUAUCCUGCAAACUAUGUUGAGGCAAUCCAGUGACAAAGAAUUGCAGAAGUGCUGCAGUAAUUGUCAGUCAGUAUGAAGUUGGUGGCCCGCCAUGAAGAGAACUGAAAUGUGUUGAAAUUGUAUAUAUUUCCUUUAAUGCAAAAGAAUGAUGGAUUGAAAGAUGUGUUCCCAGGGGACAAGAUAACAAUUCAGACUGAAACUGGGGAAAGGUUGGCAGCUUAUGCACAGCACAAAAUAACCAGGCCAGAGUGGAGAUUUAGUUGGCAAGAAAAUUAUAUUUUUAGAACUUAUUGCCAAUUUACUGUUUUAUCAUGCCUUAUGUAUAUUUUCAAAUUUGCUACUGCCUCAGUCCCAGUUUUCUGGGUGGUGGGUUGCAUUGAUUCUUGUUUAAAUCACUUCUUUUAAGUGACCUAUAAUAAUUUGCAACUUGUUUUUUUAAUUGCAAUUUUUUAUCUGUUCUUAGCAAUAUUUGAAAGAUGAAUUUUUUUAAUUUAAAGACUAUGUAGCCUGCCAUCUUCAUGCCUGGUUCAUCUACUACUACUUAAAUUAUGAAUUUGAUUAUUCCUCAGUUUACAUUGUACUGUUAACUUUUCCAUGUUACUAGCAUGCCUUAAUGGUGUAAAAUGCCAAAUUGGGUCUGUUACAGAACAUUGUAGCAUACUGUCUGCAAAUGUUAGUUUGGGUUUCUUGAAUGCCAUUGAUGCAUUUUGGCACCAGAAACAUGAAUUUUCCAAAUUACGACUUCAAGUAGAUUUCUAGAAGUAUAAUAUUUAAACCUAUUUCCAUCAUAUUCUUGCUGAGAAAUUUACAUUUUGCAAGAUGUUAAUGAUUUUGUGCGAUUUGGAAACGUAUACGAAGAUUAUUUUUUCAAGCAAAAGACUGUAAAAUAGAUUAAUGCUUUUUUAUUGAGAUGCUCUUUAAGUUGUGCAUAUGUGUAUAUAUAAUUUGAUAUUCAAAUGUUUAAAGAGCAUGUCCUAAUUAGCCAGCCUAUUGUCUAUGCAUUAGAUUUAAGGUGGAGUCCAGCACUAGUAAAUGUGAGUUUGCUAUCCACGUCAGUGGGAAGUUGCAGCUUUAGAGCAAGCCAUUUAAAUUAUAACAUAUUUAAACUGUGCUUUGACAGUGCAUACUCAUUUAAACAUAAAGUAGAUCAGCUGCUCAACCCAGGCCACUGUGGAUGUAGUAGUUGGGAGGGAUUGUCAUAAGGAUGUAAGAGCCCAGUUUUGACCCUCUUCCAUAUGGAGUGGUUUCAGGAGAAAGAGACCUGCAUGCACACAUAAUACGUUCCUGUCCACCCCAACCUCACUUUCCUUGAUUGAGGUGGAGGAGGUUGCAAGGUACGCACAAGAUCCCCACUCCUUGUAAAGGCCUGGCACACUUGUGGGGGGAAGAGAGAAGACCGGUCUUCCGCUAUGCAUUCCUGGGAUCCUUCUUUGGGCCCUGCAUCCACAGCACACUGGAGUGAGGCCUAAGUAUUAUGUGACUUUGAUUCUCAAAUAAGAUGAACAUAGUAGUUACAUCCUAAUAUUAAUAUCUGUAGGUAGAAUCGUGGCUCCAAAUAUAAACUUGCAGUAGCCCCACUGUGGAUUAUUGUAGCAGAACACUGUAAAAUCUACUUGUUUGCAAUUGCAAAUCAACUGUAAAAGUGUAAAAUUGUAUACAUUUGUAGGAGAUCAAAUAGCUGGAUUGUGAACAUGUUGGAACAAGUUGCUUUAUAGAAAAUCUAAAUCUUAUCAGGUAAGUAGAAAUGCUAUUUUAGGGAACUACACUGUAAUUGAAAUAACUUUUUGACAAUUAAAAUGCUGUAAGUGCUCCUGGUAUUACAUUUGCUUUUGGAGAUCAAUAUAUUUAUUAACAUAUGAAGUUCAAUUGUAUAAGGUUGAGUAUUGGAUCGCUGCCAUCGUAAUAUUCCAGCAUAAUUGUUCAUGAACAAUUAUGCCACAAGUGGUGAAAAAAUAUGUCUGGAGUAUUUUUCUGUAUAGUACACUAUUUUAAAAAUAAUAAAAUCUUAAAUAUGCUGAACACAAAUUUAAUGUGAAAGUACUGUUUGGUAUAUGCAUAAUGAUAAGUAGAAGAACUAUUUGUCCCAGGAAUGCACACAUGACUUCGGCUAACGUGAGACUGGAGAAAGUUACAGUCCUGCCCUCCAGCUAUCAAAGUAUGCCUACAAAAGGAGUGAAACAGUCAAAUAUACUUUGGAAGAAAUGCUGGCUCAAAAUACAGAAUAGGCAAAGUGCAGACCCAUUACACUAGGCAAGUGUAGAACAAACUGUAUUUAUGUUCAGGCAUGAAUAUCUUGAGAUGAAACAAAUGCUGAAUAGAGGAAUGCUGAACAACCACAAAUCAGUUCCUCUUAAAAUGUUUGGUUGUGGACAGGGGUGAAAAUAUGCCAAGGCGCUAUUACGUAGAAGGCCCAGUCCCAGUCACCAACCAGGGAGCUUGCCUUAACAGUGGGACCACAGUAUCCUGCUGAUCUCCUUUACAUCCAUAUAUAAACCAGCAAAUCAAAUACUAGUGUGGCUGUCAGUCUUGUUAUUUCCCAGGUGCUUCAGGUGGAUUCUGCCGCUUUUCAAAAUGAAAGAAAACCAGGCAAGUACAUUUCUAUGCAUAUGUUAAUCUAGCACUUUAUUUUUUCAAAACAUGCAAACUCUUUAAAAAAGGUAAAGGGACCCCUGACAGUUAAGUCCAGUCGCAGACGACUCUGGGGUUGUGGCGCUCAUCUCGCUUUACUGGCCAAGGGAGCCGGCGUUUGUCCGCAGACAGCUUCCGGGUCAUGUGGCCAGCAUGACUAAGCCGCUUCUGGCAAACCAGAGCAGCACACAGAAAUGCUGUUUACCUUCCCGCCAGAGCAGUACCUAUUUAUCUACUUGCACUUUGACGUGUUUUCGAACUGCUAGGUUGGCAGGAGCAGGGGCUGAGCAAUGGGAGCUCACCCUGUUGCAGGGAUUUGAACCAACUGCUUUAGAGAUGCAGACUUGGUGCUCCAAUGUGCUGCAGGGAUAGCUCAAGUGAUGCUCUCUAGAUGAUUUUGGACUCCAAUGCCCAUCAUCCAUAACCUUUAGCCAUGCUGGAUGGGGCUGAUAUGAGUCCUAUAUCUGGAGGGCACUAUGUUGGCUUAUCCCUGUGCUAACCACUUAACUCAGGUCAAGACCUCCCAUGUUUAAACUGACCCAUGGUAAAUAGUCCCAGGAAUGGUUUUCAAAGCUCAUCCCAUUGUUUUCUCCCACUCCAGGGAGUAGAACCCAAACCAAUGGCUUCAGCUUACAAGAACGGAGAUUCAGACUAAACAUCUGGAAGAACUUUCUGAUGGUAAGAGCUCUUUGACAGUGGAACGGACUCCCUUGGAUGGUGGUGGACUCUCCUUCCAUGGAUGUUUUUAAGCAGGGGUGGGAUGGCCAUCUAUCAUGGACGUUGAGAUUCCUGUAUUGCAGGCGGUUGGACUAGAUGACUGUCAGGGUCCCUUCCAACCCUACAAUUCCGGCUUUUAUUUAACAUGGCCAGCGCACUUACAAACCACAUGUAGGACUCGAAAUUUUGUGUCCUCAUCCUAUCUAUCCAAUUAACUACAAAGAGGGAGGGUAGCGGUUUUGUAACUCCUGCUGAUGGCAGAAAAUAGCACAGCAUGCCAAUAGUAUCUCAAUGCUACUUCAAGCAGCUGCUGUUUAGGAAUACCUGUGGAGCUAGUGUUGCAAUCGCAUUGCACUUUGAUACAGACACGCUGAUCAUCAGCAUGUGGACUCCAAAGGUUGACUCCAACUGCAAUAGAUACAACAAGCAUAAUAUGUUGUGGAGCUGAAUUUUUUUUUUUUUACUGGACUAACCCCGAAAGUGGAUUUGAUCGCUCCUAAAAAAGAACCCAUUUCUAAGUGCUUCUUAAAUGAACCAAUUGUUUAGGCCCAAUAGUUUUAAUGAACCGAUGGCCCAUUUGAUAAGUAAGAGUCUACCAUGGGGAAAAAUAAAGUUGACUCUUAAUUUUUUCAGGUACAUUUUGAGACAUUUUCGGUGGGUAGACCGUCACCAGGCAGGCCUCCAUCCCUUCCCAGCCAAUGCUGGAUUACCAAAUAGGCAGCAGCCUUUCAGGAGCCCUGCAACUAUGAGUCAAAAUAGUACUGAUCUAGACAGAAAAUUACAAUUGAGCUUCAAAAUCCAAAAAUAC